AUGGGCGGUAUAAUAGGCUCUCGGCUUGAUUCUACUUUUUUUUAUUACGAUUUUUCAAUUCCUUUUGAUGCUUCGUUUCCGUCAUAUAAUUCUCUCGAUCCGAUCCCUGUUUAUACUGCAUGGGGAGCUGCAUCUGUUGGAGGAUCAACCAUGUCUGAAAUAUUUUUGUUUGGUGGUAUAAUGAAUAAUAAAAAUGAUAGUAGUUUAAGCAAAAAUUUAAUUUAUUGCUUUAAUACUAUUAAUCGAACUUGGACAGCUCCAAAAAUUUCAGGAGUUCAACCACUAAGACGUAGAGAAGCUUCUUCUACUUUUAAUCCUAAUAAUGGAUGGAUAUAUAUUUUUGGUGGAUCAACAGUCAAAAUUAGUACCUUUAAUGACACCUUGUUUUUUAACGAUUUUAUCGUAUUGGAUUCAGUUGAUUUAUCUUGGGUUAAUAUUAAAUCACCUUUAAACGUAAGUGCGCCAACAAGAAGGGCUUCUCAUACUGCAACGCUUAUUGCAAGUGGUUAUAUUGUUAUUAUUGGUGGAGCUGAAAUGACUGAUGACCUUAUUCUCCAAGAUGCUAACAUUAAUCAGGUAUAA